AUGUUAGUUCCAUUUUUCCCCCUGGGUACCCCCGAACCCCCAACCGGCUACAGGGAUAUUCCCCAUCCCACACCCUCCCCCUUUCGUGUAACAUUCUUCGUGCUACUGGCUACAAGUGUGACACCACAAGCACCUCCAUGCGAUGAUCUCGAUUCUAACGGUUGUGCUAACAAUCGCCAUCUCUGCGAAGAUCCGAUUUUAGCGGAAGUGACAUGCCCCAAGAUGUGUAACAAAUGCCCCUUCUACUGCUAUCACUGUGACGGCGUCAUUACUGAUCCUGCUUCCUGCACGAACAUGACUGUCUGCCCUCAUGAUAAGAUGUGCAUGUUGAGACACAAAGUUUCAAUUAUCGACGGCCAUCAGGAGUAUACAAUGCAAUGCGUUGACAAAAUGGUAUGUGACAGCAAAAGAGAUCUGGGUAAACGUGACGUCACAACACACUGCUGUUCGGGUGAUUUUUGUAAUGAUCCAAAUCCUCUUACAACACCAUUAACGACAGCAACUACAACAACAUUAACGACUUUAUCAACACAAGCGCCUAUUAAUCAAAUUGUGCACCGAACCUGUGCACGGGAUAUUGCGUUUAUCGUGGACGAGUCCAUUGGCAGUGGACAUACAUUCGGGAGAGAAGCCGGAAAGCAAUUCAUUCAUAACAUUGUCAGUGCCUUUACUAUAGGCCAUGACCACACGCUGAUGGCCCUGUUUACCACGAGUUUAGUCAGUCUAAAAGUGUGGGGAUUUCAAAGUUAUACGAGCCAGUCCAGUCUGCUGCGUGCAAUUGAUGACCUGAAUGUCAAAAUAGGGUUUAUAGCGAAUAUCAACGACCCAAUGGCAGGUAUCCAUGCCUACGUAGACCAGACACGUUCAGGGGAAAUUCAAAACAGGCCCAAUGUUCCAGAUGUUGUUAUAGUUAUGACGUGGGAAAACUGGGACCCCCAGUCUCAUUUUUUGCUCACAGGUUCAUAUCCUGAAUAUUACUUGCCGUCGUUCCAUUCUUUGACUCGGAAUGUUAUUGCCCUUGGUGCCGGUAAUGACGUGUCUGAUACACAGCUACAACAGAUAGCAACGAAUGGUCACUGGUUUCGAAUUCAAAACGAAAACGAACUUUUCAGUGCUCAAAAUGAAGUCACAAGAAUUAUCUGUGAAUAAAUAAUUACCUAUGACUAA